UUUAAAAGUAAAAAUAAAAGGGGAAAUCUAUUAAACCCUAAAACCAUCUCUGUGGACGACGCCGCCGGUUAAACACAGAAACUCGGCGACGGAGUCAACAACGAUGGCGAGAGGAAGACGAAAAAGAGGAAGUUCCCAUAGGAAUCAAUCAGAAGAGAGCAGAGAAAACGUUCCAAAACCCCUCAAAUACGAAGCUUCCAUCGAUUCUAGCAUCCAAAAUCGCAUCUGGUCGAAUCUUGAGUUCGAGGAGUAUUACAAGGAGCAAAGGAUAGUGAAAGCAGAGGAGUGGUAUUCAUUCAUUGAGAUUCUUCGUAAGCCGUUGCCUGCUGCUUUCAGAGUUAACUCCAAUGGCCAGUUUUGCCAUGAGAUUCUGUCCAUAUUGGAGAAUGACUUCGUGAAAUCUCUUCAGGCUGAGGCUGUAGAGAGUGGUGAAGUGGAGGCUAUCAAGCCCUUGCCUUGGUACCCUAACAAUCUUGCUUGGCAUUCUAAUUUUUCUCGCAAGGAGAUUCGAAAAAACCAGACCCUUGAAAGGUUUCAUGAGUUUUUAAAGUUGGAAACUGAAGUUGGGAACAUGACCAGGCAAGAAGCUGUUAGCAUGGUACCUCCUCUCUUCCUUGAUGUGCAUCCAGAUCAUUUUGUCCUCGACAUGUGUGCUGCACCUGGUUCCAAGACAUUUCAGCUACUUGAAAUAAUACAUGAGUCAGCUGAACCAGGAUCUCUACCUAAUGGAAUGGUGGUGGCGAACGAUGUUGAUUAUAAAAGGUCUAACCUUCUUAUUCACCAAACUAAGAGAACCUGUACGACCAACUUGAUAGUCACCAACAAUGAAGGUCAACAUUUCCCAAUCUGCAACUCGAAGAGAGCAUUGUCCAUAGAAUCUGACAAGUACCAUGCUCCCAUUGACCAGCUGCUCUUUGAUCGUGUCUUAUGCGAUGUACCCUGUAGUGGUGAUGGUACUCUGCGCAAGGCUCCAGACAUAUGGCGAAGAUGGAAUUCUGGAUCAGGAAAUGGACUUCAUAGCCUACAAGUUGUGAUUGCCAUGAGAGGUUUGUCCCUGCUGAAAGUUGAUGGGAGAAUGGUAUACUCAACCUGCUCAAUGAACCCAAUUGAAGAUGAAGCUGUUGUUGCUGAAAUUCUGAGGAGAUGUGGAUGCUCUGUUGAGCUUGUAGAUGUCUCAGAUAAGCUUCCUGAACUUAUCCGAAGACCAGGUCUUAAGAAAUGGAAGGUGCAUGAUAGAGGUGGCUGGUAUAGAUCUUACAAAGAUGUUCCAAAACUGCAGAGAGACAGCGUUCUAAGAAGCAUGUUUCCUUCUGGUAAAAGUGACAAAGACUCAACAACAGGUGGCGGAAGCAGCUCUGGAGAAAUGGCUUCUGAUGAAUCAGCCGAGGAAGUCUGUGAUCUUCCCCUUGAACGCUGUAUGAGGAUAGUGCCUCAUGAUCAGAACACUGGGGGAUUUUUCAUUGCAGUGCUUCACAAAGUUUCACCUUUACCAGAUUUUCCGGAGAAACUAAAUCAGAGAAGGUCUACCAGAGGCAGAAACUCAUCUGAUAAAUCUUCGUAUGAAGAAGUCUCUGACACUGUGAUUACUCAACCAGAAGAGAAUACAGAGGAAAUAGUUGUAGAAGCAGCAGUGUUAGAUAAUGGCUUGAAGCUUGAGAAGGAAAGCACCAGCGAAGAAGGCACUGUGGAAUCGACUCAAGAAGUACCACCACCAGUGCAAAAAGGGAAGUGGAAAGGCCUUGACCCUGUUGUUUUCUUGAGAGAUGAAACAGUGAUCAGCGGGAUCAAGAGGUUUUACGGCAUCAAUGAUGAGUCUUUUCCUCUCAAUGGCCAUCUCGUGACUAGAAACAGCGACACGAGCAGCAAAGGCAACGUGAAGAGGAUUUACUAUGUUUCAAGAUCGGUUAAGGAUGUUCUUGAGCUUAACCUUGCGGUUGGGCAGAAGAUUAAGGUCGCAUCUGUUGGCCUCAAGAUGUUUGAGAAACAAUCGGCAAGAGAAUGUGAAGCUGGCACUUGCUCAUUCCGGAUAACAUCAGAGGGAUUGUCUGUGAUCCUUCCCUACAUGACCAAGCAGAUACUUUAUGCAACAAUGGUGGAUUUCAAGAAUCUCCUGCAAUACAAAUCGAUCAAGUUCCCGAAUUUUGUCCAGCCACAGUUUGGCGAGAAAGCAGCAGAAGUAGCAGAGGGAUAUUGCGUUGUUAUUCUUGUUGAUGGUACUGAGAAGGACGGGUGUGAAGCAGUCAAAGUGAAUUCAUCAACAAUAGCCAUUGGAUGCUGGAAGGGCAAAGCGAGCUUAACUGUUAUGGUAACGACAGUGGACUGUGACCAACUUCUUCAGAAACUUGCUUGCUGAUAUGGAGACAGCUCAAAGCUUUAAGAUAAAUUCAAUAAGACUGUUAGUUUCAUGUAUUUCAAUCAAAGGCUACUGUUGUUAUUCCAAUGUCCUCCGAAAGCUUUUACAUCAGUAAAGAUAAACUUAAGAAGACUCUUAGUUUCAUGAAUUUCAAUCAAAGGCUAAUGUUAUUCCAGUACUGUGUAGUAUUGUGUAGAAGUAACAUUAGCCAUUAGACUUUUAAGUAUCCUUUGGAAAAAGAAUCUACAAGUACUGUGUAGCCAUCCAUCCGAGAAUGUAGAAGUAAAAACAAUUGUUAAAUGGAAACUUAGUUUCCUAAAAUAGAGUUAAACAUAUUUGUAUCACAAUCUUUAUGCUUGUGACUAAUAACAGAAAAAGAAAGAAUUUUACUCUUAACUUGAGAGAGAAGCUGUAACAUAAGGAGGUAGAAUAAACAAGGAAAAAAGAAAAAAUAAACAAAAACAAGUUUACUGCAUAAAUAUAGAUUAAAAAAGUUCCCCAGGGAGUUUUUGUUUGUCAAGCUACUCUUCUUACACAUAAAACACAGACAAAUCUAU